CACACAACUCCUGUAUCUCCACACACACCUGCAGGAAGACCCGCUCGAGGAGCUGAAAUGCUGAUCUGACGGAGCUGCUCACCGGUACUGACACGCGCGCUGUUUCCGCUUCCGCUUGCCGGAGUUUCAGCAGAUCAUCAUGAUGAGGGGAAUGAUCAGGUGUGUGCUGCUGCUGCUGAGUGUGCUGAUCUCAGAUGUUAUGUCUAUCCAGGUGAUUCUGACCAAUCAGCAGAUGAGCACGACUCUGUUCGCCACGGUGACGCUGCGCUGUGAUUACUCCACCUCCGCUCAGCUGCAGAAUGUUCUGGUCACCUGGGUUUACAAGUCCUUCUGCAAAGACCCUGUUCUGGACUACUACUCUGCAGCGUAUCAGUCUGCUCUGCAGCUGGGUCAGAACCCCGCCAAUGACUGCACGGACUCGCAGCGCACCAUCCGGACAGUGGCUCAGAAACUGGGCACUAAUGAGGCGGUGCUGGGGGCCGAAUACCGGGACCGCAAGAUCUACAUCCAGAACAAGGCGGACCUGGUGAUCCAAGAGGUGAUGUGGUGGGAUAACGGUGUGUAUUACUGUAAAGUGGACGCGCCCGGAGACACCAUCGGAGACCCAGACAAGGAGAUGAACCUCAUCGUCUACAACUGGCUGACGGUGCUCCUGAUACUCAUCGGUGCGCUGCUCCUCAUCAUCCUCUUCUGCAUCUGCUGCUGCCAGUGCUGCCCACAGAAGUGCUGCUGUUACGUGCGCUGCCCGUGCUGCCCGCAGACCUGCUGCUGCCCGGAGAAAGCUGUGAUGCAGCACCGGCUGAUGAAGGAGGCGCAGAGGGCCAUGACGCCCUGGAUGAACGGGCAGCCGCUGUACGCCCCCAUGAGCAACCACAGCUCCAGCUACCAGAUGAACCCGCUGCUGUACGCAGGCUCCACCGCAGGUAAGGGCCCCAUGACGCCACUGCCGCUGCCGCCUCCGCAGAUGCCCGUCACACAGAUGCCCCUCAUGCAGAUGCCUCCUCCCAGCAUGCACGGCAAUGGCAGCGCCCAUGGCACCAAUCAGGUCCUGGACUACCUGGAGAACCAGAUGCGGGGCAUAGACGUGAACAGCCCGCUCCUGCCCCCUCCACCGCAGCAUGUGCCCCAGCACGUGCCCUUCUCCGCCGGGCCACCCAGCAUGCUCUCUGGGCUGGAGGAUGUCCCCGCGAAGCGUCCCCGUGGCCACCCGCACGCAAACUCCAGCGGCUCCUCAGCGUACGGCCCACGCCGCGGCCCCCCCACCUCGCUGCCGCGCAGCUACAGCCAGGAGGAUGUGUUGGAGGGCCGCAGGGGCGCCGGAGCUCACAGACCCCGCUCGCGCUCCAGAGACGACCUGCUGCACACCGGCCCCCAGUACAGUCCGGCCCGCCGCGGCUCCUGGAGCUCCACUGAUGAGGGCAGCCGGCGCGGGCCAUGGGGGGGCAGGGAGUACGAGCCCGGGAAGAAGCCAGCGAAGCGACCCGAAAGAUUCUCUGAUAAGGGCUCUCGCAGUGGAAACAGCAUCAUCAUCUGAUCUCCAUCUCCUCCUCCACCCACUGGACUCCGUCUGGUCUCCAUCAGCUGUUACACUGACUGCAGAUCAGUGUGUGUGUGUUUCACACCGCUGUGCAGAGCAGCUUACACACUCCAGUGAAUGUGAACAUUAGCAAACAUCCUCCGCUAACUGCUGAGGGCACUCAUUUAUGGGUACUUGGGUUUUAGGAAUCAACUGUGUAAAUAUGACAUGUGCUCAAUAUAUUUAUGAUGAAGAGAGAUUUAACAGUUCAGCUCCAGCAUUUACCAGCCAGAGAGUGCACUACAGCACACUGUACACUACAUAGUGCACUACACUAUACAGUACACUAUAUAAUACACUACACAGAACAUACAGUACACUACAUUAUAAUACACUAUACAGUGCACUAUAACAGCAGCUCGGAGCCUCUGUGAUGAUGGACCGCUGGGUUACUGAGCUACUGAUCUGAUGGAGAUGCUGAUUGUGUGUGUGUGUGUGUGUGUGUGUGUGUGUGUGUGUGUGUGUGUGUGUGUGUGUGUGUGUGUGUGUCUGUCGCUGUUCUUCUGUAAAUAGUGUUGGAGUGUGAGUUGACCGUCUCUGUCCCGUUAGCCUGCAGGAUUGUGAUGUUUUUACUGUACAUGAUGAAUAUAUUAUUUUCCACCUGCUUCAAUAAACUGUGUGUGUAAAUGUG